CAAUAAUCCGUUACAUGCGGACUGUGCAUACAUCACAGAAGAAACGCUCAAAAUAUUACACAAGUGCUUGUAAGAUUAUUAAUGAGUUUUAUAGGAUGCUCCCGCUCCCGUGAGGGACGAGUUCAAACGAGCUGACGGCUUGAGGAUUGAACGUGAUUUCCUCGCUGGGUUGAUUUUAACAGAGCUUGGGCUGAAACUCAACUAGAGAAAUGAUGCUUGCGCGGGUUUUUGCAAACGGACUCGGACAUCGAGUGUUACGGGAAAGCACGCGGACUGUCGGGUUCGGUGUAACGGGGCGGCAGGACAGGCAAGCUUCUUCAGAGGUGGUAACGAAGAACACCCAGUUGCAUGACUUCCACAAGGCUCAGGGUGGUAAGAUGGUGGAGUUUGCCGGAUGGAGCAUGCCAGUGCAGUAUAAAGACAGCCACAUUACCUCCCACAUGCACACACGUGAGCACUGCUCCAUCUUUGAUGUCAGUCAUAUGCUGCAGACUAAAGUCUACGGAAAAGACAGAGUGAAGUUUAUGGAGUCUCUGAUCAUUGGAGAUGUUGCUGAAUUAAAAGACAACCAGGGCACUCUCUCCCUCUUUACAAAUGCUAAGGGAGGAAUCAUGGAUGAUCUUAUUGUGACCAAGACAGAUCAGGGGUACCUUUAUGUUGUCUCCAAUGCUGGCUGUGCAGACAAAGACUCUGCUCAUAUGCUGGCCAGAAUGCACGAGUUUAAAUCAGCAGGUCAUGAUGUCGAUCUGGAGUUUAUGGAAGAAAGUUUGAUUGCUGUGCAGGGUCCAUCAAUGGCUCGGGUUCUGCAAAAAGGUGUGGGUGAUGACCUUACUAAGUUGACCUUUAUGAGCAGUGUUUUGACCCCAGUCUUUGGCAUCCAGGGCUGCAGGGUCACACGCUGUGGAUAUACAGGGGAGGAUGGAGUUGAGAUAUCUGUACCAGGUGCAGAUGUUGUUUUACUGACGAAAAAGCUGUUAGCCGACAGUGAAGUAAAACUCGCUGGUCUUGGUGCCAGGGACAGUCUAAGGCUGGAGGCGGGGCUUUGUCUCUAUGGCAAUGACAUUGACGAGACCACCACACCUGUGGAAGCAACUCUUGUCUGGACAAUAGGUAAACGCCGUCGACAGGCACGAGAUUUCCCUGGUGCUGACAUCAUUGUUCCACAAAUAAAGGCAAAGACUCAGAGAAAGAGAGUGGGACUUAUUUCUUCGGGACCGCCUGUCAGACAACACACGCCCAUACUCUCCUAUGAUGGAAGGGCUAUAGGUGAGGUCACCAGUGGAUGCCCCUCCCCCUGCCUGAAACAAAACAUUGCCAUGGGCUACGUGGAAGCUGGCUUCAGUAAAGUAGGAACACCAAUCCAGGUGGAAGUGAGGAAAAAAACAAUACCAGCUGUGGUCUGCAAGAUGCCAUUUGUGCCUACUAAGUACUACACCGGGCAGUAGCCUUACAUAAUAUAAACUGAUAACACGAUCUGUGUGAGGGGUAAAAGUCAAUGCAUGUUACAUGUGUAACUGAAAGAAAAAUACAUUCCAGAACUGUUUUACACACUGUAAAACUUCCAUAACAUUUAAUAAAUUUUGGCCGGUACAAUUGAAAUGGGAUUUGACCUUUUGCUGUUUUUGACGGAGUUAGAUUUGUUUUGUGUUUGCACAUUAACAUAAAACACCUGCACAUGUUUAUUUGUGUGGGUGUGGGAAGGUGACAUCCGUUUUAACUACUACUGAAAAAGUUUUUUUCAAUAAUUUUAGAUGCGUCUUUUGCCACAUUAAUUGAAUUCAUUGUGUGUCCUGUUUUAUUGUUAGUGCUAUAUGUAUUGCAAUAAGACAAUUAACAGAAUUAAUCUGAAUGAGAUUAAUUGUAAUAUUUAAUUUAAAAAGAGACCCCUUUAUCAGUUCAUGAUGUUUAAAUACUAACUGUCAUCAUGUUUAACUUAUCACUGUGAAGUAUUUUUGUAAGAAAGAACAUUUUCAUUUGAUUUAUUUUGCAUAAUUAAACAUUUUUAUAUCCUUUUAUAAAUCUUUACCUGAGUGUUAGUUUUUCAAAAAUAGUUAAAUGUAUUUUAUACCUAACAGUGUUUUUAUUAUUUUUUGGUAUUUGUAAUUACCCAAUUAUUUUGAGUAAUAAAGUCAGAAUUGUUCAA